AUGAACGCAUAAGUAAAUAAUCAGCAAACAGAGUUAAAUGAAAAUCACUUAGCAAUUGUUUAUAUAGAGCAGUACGAAAAAGGACAUGUAUCAUAACCUAUCGUAUUCACGUUAACUUAUAAACAUGUACUUACGUUUAAAUUCUGUAAUUAGUAAUAAAUACAGAAGUAUUCUACUUCAGCAAGGCAGAAAUCAUGCAGGGCAGAUUACAAAAGACCAAGAUCCUCAUUUUGCAAAAUCAAGACUCGUUCAAAGUUUAAAUAGGAGAGUAGAGUUCGCAAUACAAGAGACUGGAAAUGCAGACCCACGUAAGAAUCUGAGACUAUCACAAGUUUUAGAACAAGCCAAAAAAGCCAAUGUAUCUAUACCACCUAUGAAAACAUUUGUACAAGAAAUGAAUGUCAAAAGAGGUGUUCCAAAUGAAAUAAUAACAGUCUCUGGUCCUGGUGGAUGCAAACUUAUUAUAUAUGUUUCAAGUACUAAAAUGGCUGCAAUAAAAAGCGAUAUGAAUGUACUCUUUAGAAAGCAUAGCUCUAGAUUAGCAGACCCUACAAUAAUGAGGAUGUUUGAUUGUGCAAGUUAUGUCACAGCCUCAAAAAACUGUACUGCUGAUCAGGCAAUGGAAGAUGCAAUACAGAUCAAUGCACAGGAUAUGGAAAUAAUAGAAGAAGAUGAUAAUAUAUUUUAUAAGUUCAAAUGCGAGUUUCGUAAUUCUAUAAAAAGUAUAACUCAGUUAAAAAAUAUGGGAUAUUCUAUAGUUGAAGCAGAAGAUACAUGUAUACCUAACAAUGUAGUUGAAUUGAAUGAAGAGCAAUUAGCAACUAUCAAUAAACUUAAGGAUAAACUCUUAAGUCAAGACUUUGUUGACAAAAUAGAAGACAACAUAGCAGAAUCUUGAAUUCAAAAUAUAUACUAAUAGAAAAAAAAGAAAUUAUUCUGUACAUUUCCAAAAUUCAUGCUCUGUUACCAUACAGUAAUCUACACAAUUGAAUCAGUCACUG